AUGGCUCGUCACGCAACAAUCACCCAGUCGUACCAAGAGCGCGCCUCGUUGCCCAACACAUCGCCCGUGGCCUCGUACCUCUUGCGCCUGAUUGCCACAAAGCAGACCAACCUCUGCGUGUCGGCCGAUGUAUCCACCACCAGAGAGCUUUUGCAGCUCGCCGAGGAGGUCGGCGACUCAAUAUGCAUGCUCAAGACACACGCAGACAUCAUCAACGACUUCGGCCCUCGCACCAUCCAAGGCCUGAAAGAGAUUGCCGCCAAGAAACACUUCCUCAUCUUUGAAGACCGCAAGUUUGGCGACAUUGGCAGCACCGUGCAGAAGCAGUUCACCGCCGGGCCCCUGCAAAUCGUACGCUGGGCCAACAUUAUCAAUGCCCACAUCUUCCCCGGCCCCGCCAUCAUCACCGCUCUCUCACAAGCUGCCCACAAACCUCCUCUUCUAAGAAGCUUGCUCAUUCUCGCCGAGAUGAGCAGUGCGGGCAACUUGAUGACUGGCUCAUACACGGAACAAUGCGUGGUAGAAGCACGCAAGAACCCAGAAUUCGUCAUGGGCUUCAUUGCACAACGCUCACUCAACGAGCAGCCCGGUGACAACUUCGUCACCAUGACUCCUGGCGUGCAAAUCGGAGCUACUGGAGACGGUCUCGGUCAACAAUACAACACUCCGGAACAGGUCAUCAUCGAAGCUGGCACCGACAUCAUCAUUGUCGGCCGUGGUGUCUACGGCGCUCAAGACAAGAGAGCAAAGGCAGAGGAAUACAGGGUCAGGGCAUGGAAGGCAUACGAAGAGAGAAUUGGCCCUGCUUCUGCAGCAAAAGCCACCAGGUGA